AUGACGCUAACCCAAUGGGACCAUUAUGACGUGGUACUGUGUAAAUUUUUCCCUGCCAUCCUGAGGGAUGAAGCCCUAAUGUGGUUCAAUAACCUUCCCAAGGGAUCAGUUGAAUCGUUCGAGCACCUGUCCGAGCUAUUUUUAGAAACGUACAUUCACAAUAGCAGGGUCCGACCAGAGGUCGACGCGCUGUUCCAAAUGUCCCGAGGGCCAAAUGAGUCACUCCGCUCCCUGGUGACAUGUUGGAGGAAGUUAUGUGCUGAGAUCGAAAAGGUCCCUGAGGACUAUGCCAUCUUGGGCUUUAAAAAUAGUCUCCGAAAAACAAACCCUAUCUUUGUCCGCAUGUAUGAAACUAUGCCAAAGAACUUGGGCAAACUAAGAGAAAUACAAGAGAAUUAUGUAUCCUUGGAGGAACUCCAAGACGGAACUUACGACAAAAUGGCAAAAGGAACUAAUAGAGGAGCAAAUGUGGUAAAGCCACAGAACCCACAGGCACCAGCCCAAGGAGCGGGGCGAUCCAACAACCAAUCCACCCAGUUCGACAAGCAUCGGAAUGGAGGGUGGAAAGGGAGAGACCAGGCCCAACAAAAGAAGAGAAAGUUUGUAGACCCAGUCUACACGAAGCUAAACACCCCCAUAUCCGAGAUCCUCAAAAAGAUUGAUGGACAACAUAAAAUAACUUACCCAUAG